UCUCUUAUCCUCUUUACUAAUCGGGAGUCAGAGCGUGGAAUUUUCUCAGAGAUUCGAAUCCAAAGGCGCUCAGUUUGUCGAUAACUCCUUGGAUAAUGCCGACUAUCGCUAGCCGCAACUCGUCUCCAUUCAAGGAGAUCGUGACCGUCAGAUCGGAGACAAGCAGGGGGACUGAGGGCCCUAUCUCUACUCCGACGAAGAUGAAAUCACUUCGCAGAUGCACGAAUUCGAGUCCAAACAGCCCUGCAGAUGGUAGCAAGGAAGAUUGUGGUAGUAAAAGAUUAGCAAGAUUGUGCAAAUCACCGGUGAAGGGAUCGCACAACAGUUUUCACCUUAAGCAGAAUUGGAAUCCAAGUGAUCCUGAGCAAAUGAGUGCUGUGAAGGAGGCACUUCAUUUGUCUACAGCACCUCCUACUGUCGUGUGCCGUGAAAAUGAGCAGAAAAGGAUUUUAGAGUUUUGCAAGGGAUGUUUGGAACAAGAGAAGGCUGGGAGUUUAUACAUAUGCGGAUGUCCAGGGACUGGAAAGUCGCUGUCAAUGGAAAAAGUGAAGCAGUAUGUGGUUGAUUGGGCAAGAGAUGAAGGAUUGCAGCCACCUGAUUUAUUAGUGAUAAAUUGCACUUCUCUAACAAACACAGCGGACAUUUUUGGCAAGAUAGUAGAUAAGCACCAACAAAAGAAGAAAACUUCACCUUUGCAAUAUCUUCAGGAAAUUUAUUCUCAAAAGCAGCAGUCAUCUGGGUCAAAGAUGUUGUAGCCAUGGUAAUAAUUGCAGAUGAGUUGGAUUAUUUGAUCACAAGGGAUCGGGCUGUCCUUCAGAUCUUUUCAUGCUUACAACUUUUCCUUUCUCUUGAUGUAUAUUGAUAGGAUGAUACAUUAAGUGGGGUGUUGGGUUCAAUUGAUCUAGCAACAAAGAAGAAUUUGGAUGAUCUUGUGGAAGAAGGGGAAAAACUUUUGAAAAAGUCAGUUUCUAAGGUUAAUAUGGAAACGGGUUUGAUUGAGCCUUGUGGUCAAGGAUCUAAUGAAGAGACUCUCAAGAGGUUUGCUAAAACACUGUCCGAUGAGAAGCGGAGACGCAAACUUAACUCAUCCCAUCUGCACACUGCAAUUCCAAAUAAUGUUAAUAAUAAUUAGAUACUAGAAAAUUUUCUUUAUUAUUAUUAUUUUUUUGUGUAUUAAGAUAUGGAUUCUUUAGUUAAUCAAUAAGGUUUUGUAUAUAAAGAAUUAAUCAAAUU